AUGGGUGGCUCCAUAUCACAUCGUCGCUGCUGGCAGUGCAAUGAUGUCGUGGGCGUAGCCACCUACGAUGCCCUCGGCGAGGACCCCGUGAAGCGGGAGACCGAGCCCAGCGCAAGCGCCAGCAGCGUGAACAACACCAGCAAAGCGCCUCUGAAGACUUUCUACACCGUGACCGGCUCACCUGCCUCUGAGGGUAGUGCACCCGGUUCCCAACCCGGUUCCCAGGGCAGCUUGUUGUCAAGAGGAGCAGCUUGCAGCUCGGCGUACAAGGGCAGAACGGGGAGGACCUUCUCCGAAGUCUCGCUUUCGGAUGGCGACGAGGACAACGACUCCGAGUGUUUAGUUGUGAGCCAGACGUCUAUAAGCUCUGCUGCGUCAAGCGCAAGUUCCCGAUCAUCCACCAGACAUUCCCAUCGUCGGUUGAAACUGGUGGAGACCAUGGGCCAUAUUCCCUCGAUAGCCUUGCAGCUUGUGAUCAACAACCCCAGUCCACUGGACUCCAUUUAUAAAGUCGAAAAGGAGCUUGGCAAAGGGGCCUUCGGAAUCGUCCGGCUCGGGCGCGUGCGAAUCACAGGCGCAAAGAGGGCCAUCAAGACGAUCAGCAAGGAGAUGAUGAAGGAGCAGACCGGCUCACUCAAGAUGGAGAUUGAAAUCAUGAAGAUGCUGGAUCACCCAGGUGUCGUCAUGCUCUUCGAGAUCUUUGAAGAUGAUGACGUACACCUGUCCAUGGAGAUCUGCGAAGGAGGUUGUCUGACGGACCGUGUCAAAGCGGCACCGCACGGACAGCUGCCACAAAAGGAGCUGCAUGUGGUGAUGCGCCAGAUAGUUGCUGCCGUGAACUAUUUGCACGAGCUGAACAUUGUCCAUCGAGACAUCAAGGCCGACAAUAUCCUCUCGAAGGUCCAUCCGACAGAGGCUUUGCGCAGGACAUCUUUGAAAGUUUCUGACUUCGGCCUCUCGCGGAUUGUGGAGGAGGGUGAGUACCUCUCAACUAUGGGGGGAACGCCCAGCCACAUGGCGCCAGAGGUAUUCGAGAGGUACUACAAUCACAAAUGUGACCUGUGGAGCUGUGGCGUUGUGAUGUACUACCUGAUUGCCGGAGAGCUGCCCUUCAAAAACGAGGCUGAGGUCAAGAAGGGAAAGUACAGAAUGACACAUCCUGUGUGGGACAGCAUGCCGACGCAGCCGGUCGCCUUCCUCAGCACGCUGCUUUGCAGGCGAGCAUCCAGUCGCUAUUCUGCAAAGAAAGCCCUGCGGGAUGAGUGGCUUUUGAAUAGCAAGGCCACGCCGGUCACGCACACACGUCUCAUGGAAGAGUUGCACACCUUCCGCUCCUUCAACAAGUUCAAGCGCGCGGUGAUCUGUACUGCAGUCAGUAUGCUGGCAGACCAUCAGAUCGCGAGCAGCCGGGAGCUCUUCAUCAGCUUAGACGCCGACAAGGAUGGCAAGAUCUCCGCACAAGAUUUGAAGCGGGCGGGCGGCCGCGCUUUGGGCAUGGGAGACAAUCCUGUCUCCUCACUGCAGGUCAAAGAUGCCGUCGCCGACCGCUUUGAACAGCUGUCACCUAGUCGUCCAUUUGGCUACACGGAGUUCCUGGCAGCCACGGUGGACCCCAACUGUUACAUGAACACCAAGCUCCUUAAAGCUGCCUUCAACUAUUUCGAUCGCGACCACGAUGGCCACAUCUCGUUGUCAGAGCUUUCCAGUGGCCAUCUCUUGGGAACGCUGUCGAUGGAAGAGCUGCAUGAGAUCAUGACGUGGUGUGAUGAGAAUGGGGACAUGCAGAUCGAGUUCAAAGAGUUCGAGUCCAUGAUGAUGUCCGAAGCAGAGCACUGA